AUGGCCAUGCGCUCCGCCCAUGUGGCACCAGACGAAAGCAGCUACAGCAGCUUGAUGAGUGCAGUGUCUCGCUCUGGUGAUUGGAAGGUUGUGCUUGACCUCCUGUGGGAGAUGCCCAGAGCAAAAGUCACUACUGACUCGGUGUGCUUCAGCGUAGCGAUGGGAGCUUGUGAGAAGGCGAGCGAGUGGCUUGUCGCUCUGGAGCUGUUUGAAAUGAUGCACGCUCGGCGCCUUCAUCAAGAUGUGUUUGCUUUUGGAAAUGCCAUUUGCGCCAUGAGCAAAGGUAGCCACUGGCCGGGCGCAUUGAAGCUUCUUGGGAGAAUGCAGAAGGAAGGAAUCUCUUUGGACACAGUGGUGUGCAACAGUUGCCUCACUGCUUGCGCAGCUUCUGCGCAGUGGGAGGCGGCACUGGAUCUGUUGAGACUCAUGACCGCAAAGAAAGUGGCCAAAACCACUGCCACUUGCAAUGCCGUGGUUCGUUCGUUGGAGGCAAGUGGAGAACACAAGAAGGCAGUGGCUGUGUUGUUGCAUGAAUUUGUGGAUGAGGAGCCCUCAGACGAAAUUGAGCAACCAAGCAUGUUCAGGUCGGCACGGCCAAAGCACAUCUCCCAGGACUUCCGACGGAGCGUUGCUGAGCGUCUAGAGCGCGGCCUGGACUUCGCUGGUGGGAUUUCGAGGCAGCCACGCCCCGUGGUUGCCAUGGCCCAGGAGAAGGAAGAGAGGCCAAGUGCCAUUGGCCCUGCUUGGUGCCAAGAGGCAACAGAGGCUUUCAAUGAGUUGGUGCUUUCCAAGAUCCGGCCGGAGCCAAAUUUGGUGGACCAUCUUGCCCACUUCGUCGCCCAAUUGGAAAACACGUUGUCAUCUUUAGGCAGGUAUGGUCCAGUGCGUUUGGUUCCCUACGGGUCAAUCAUCAGCCGUUUUGCCGCCAAAGAUGCGGACGCGGAUUUCUCCUUGCUCUUCGAAGCAGAAGAUGCGUCAACACGACAGUUCCAGCAACAGGUCCUCAUUGAAUGGAGAAGGGAACUUUUGUCACAAGGCUUCCAUGUAAAAGCUAUAGGUCUCGGUGGGCGAGUGCCAGUUUUGACGAUUCAGUGGGGAAGUAACCGAACAGCGGAUGUGACGAUUGGCAAUCAACUGGGCAUCUAUAAGAGCCAGCUGUUGCGAGACUAUUCCCUUCUUGAUGACCGCCUUUGCGCUUUGGUGAUGGCCGUCAAGCACUGGGCCAAGCUGCGGCAGAUUUGUGGUCAGACCAGGGGCUAUUUGGGUGGCUAUGCAUGGACCUUGAUGGCUAUCUACUUUGCUCAGCGCUGUCGGCCACCAUUGACUCCGCCAUUGCAAGAAUUGGCAGAACCCAAACUUUGGGAGCAAGAUGGUCAGCUUUACAACGUGGCCUGGAAGGAAGCGAGCCAGGCACCGCUCCCGUCCGCGCGGACAUCUGCUUCGCUGCUACAGGACUUCUUCCAGUUUUUCUCUGAAGGAUUUGACUUCCACUUCGAGUCUGUGUCCAUCCGUUUGGGCUGCCGAGCUAUUCGCCACCGUGGCCCAGGCCCAGCUGCAGCUCGGCUCUCCUUGGAAGAUCCCAUCGAGACGGAUUGGGAUCUGGGGCAAAUCCUUGAUGGUCAUCGACUGUCUCGUGUGCGUGCGGAGCUGCGCAGGGCCCACCGACACCUGCAGGGUGCUCAGGACCAGGAAGCAAGAAGCUGCUUGGAGGCCGUGUUUCAAGCCAAAGCCCGCUCACCCUUGGACGGUCCUGAGUACUGCAAGACCUCUUUGGGAAGGCCCUCCCUGUCAUAUGGCUAUCGCGCCCCUCCACCAGAGGACACCGAUGGGAAGCAUGACGAGACCUAUGUGGGGCGGAUGGAAAAGGGUGAAUCCAUUGAGAUCACCACAUGCUCCGAAGAGGUCUCCCAAGAUCAGCGUGAAAUUCUCCAGGAACGCCAGCUCAUCAACAACCCGGUGAAGAUGUGCAUGCGCUCUUGUGUGGACCACAUCAACGGCGUGGUGGAUGAUGCAGCGACUCCGAAGAAGUCCAAGCGGCCGCGGAAGGAAACUUCGAUGCUGGAUAAAAUCAGCAAGAUUGUGACCAUUUUGCAGUGGGUGCCAGACUUAACCUGCCACAAGGUUCGUGCUGACCUGGUGGCUGGUCUCACCGUGGGUGUCAUGGUGAUCCCUCAGAGCAUGUCCUAUGGAGCCAUUGCAGGGUUGCCCUACAUCAACGGCAUGUACUCCGCCUGUAUCCCCACGCUGAUCUACGCCUUCUUCGGGCAAAGCCGUCAAUUGGCCGUGGGCCCGGUGGCGAUGGUCUCCUUGUUGGUCGAAGCGGGCCUCAACGGCCAACUGGGCCCGGAGUGCACAGUGGAGGGGAAGCCACAGUACGAGACGUGUCCGCAAGAAUACGUGGGACUUGCAUGCCUCACUGCAGCUGUGGUUGGAGUGAUGCAAAUCCUCGCGAGUGUCUUGAAGCUGGGCUUCCUGGUCACCUUCUUGGGACACCCCGUGAUCAGCGGAUUCACCAGUGGAGCUGCCAUCAUCAUCGGCCUCAGUCAGCUAAAGUACAUCUUGGGUUUUGACUUACCCAAGUCCCAGUACAUCUAUGAGACGAUCUACAACGUUAUCAUCAAGAUCGAUCAAACCAAAGGUAUGCCUUUGCUCCUGGGUAUCCUUUGGAUUGCUUACUUGCUUGGCAACAAGCACUUGGCACAGAAGUACAAGCGCUUGAAGAUGCUUGGUCCGCUGGGGCCUCUCAUCAGCUGCUUGGUGGGGACAGUGCUCAUCGGUGUUUUUCACGAGUUCUUCGCUGAGACUUACCACGUGAAAUACGUGGGGGAGAUACCAUCCGGCAUCAUGCCCCUGAGCCUUGAUGCUUGGCAAUUGGACAAGAUCCCCACAGUGCUGGGCACGGCGAUGUCGGCUUGCUUAAUUGGGUACAUGGAGUCCAUCGCCAUUGGAAAGAACCUUGCUGCCACCAACGGGUAUGAUAUCGAUGCGGGGCAAGAAAUGUUGGCGCUUGGCAUCGCGAAUGUGGUUGGCGCCGCCUUCAGUUGCUACCCAGUGACAGGAUCCUUCUCGCGCUCCGCGGUCAACAACUCCACAGGGGCCUUGUCACAGCUUUCAGGUGUGAUCACUGCCGUGGUGAUGUUGGCCACACUGAUGUUCUUGACCCCUUUGUUCUACUACCUCCCCAAGUUUGCCUUGGCCGCUAUCGUGAUGAACUCGGUCAUCCCUUUGGUUGCUUUCGGAGAAGCCAGGCACCUUUUCCAUGUGAAGAAGCACGACUUCGUGCUUUGGGUGACGGCUUUUCUGGGCACACUCUUCUUGGGUGUGCUGAUGGGAAUCUUGGUGUCUGUGGGCCUCUCCCUGGUCAUUGUCAUCUAUGAAUCAGCCAGGCCACAGAUUACCAUCCUUUGGCGGAUUCCAGGAACAUCGAUCUACCGCAACAUGAAGCAGGAAAACAAUGGGACCUUCAUUCAGAAUGUCUUCAUCGCUCGGAUUGGCUCAUCUCUCUACUUUGCAAAUGCAUCCUUUGUGAAGGAGAUGUUGCUGGCCCAUGUUACCGACCUGGAGGAGGUGAACAAGACGCAGUACAUUGUAUUGGAAAUGACACCGGUGAUUAGUGUGGAUUCCACCGCCUGCCAUGUCAUCAAGGACGUGGUGAAUGAUUUCCGCAUGCGCGGCAUGCACGUGGCCUUCGCGAUGACGGGCAAUCGCGUGGAGAAGACCUUGAGGAAGGCUGGACUGAAGAAGUUCAUCGGAGAGCAGUGGUUCUUCCCCACGGUGGAAGAGGCGGUGCAGUAUUGCGUGAAGCAUCAACAUGCAAGGCGACGGCAGAGCGAACGAGAGGAAAUGGAGUCUCAGAAUCACGCCAAGAGUGACGAGCUCCUUGGCUGGUCGAGCUCUUUGGUGGACCGGUGGAUGAUGUGUGAAACGUCGUGA